GCUUGCAAGGGUCGGACUGAAGCUCAAGAAACGACAAGGAGAAGCGAACAUCUGGCCGCACAUCAUGAAAGGACAUCGGGGUUUCUAGGAAGAAAAGACGACGAGCUAAGCGGAAAUAAAUGUUAUGAAGGAAGAAUGGAGUUUCCAGACCAUAGCCGCCAGUUGCUGCAGUGUCUGAGUCAGCAGCGUCACCAAGGUUUCCUCUGUGACUGCACUGUUCUUGUCGGGGAGGCUCGAUUCAAAGCGCACAGAGCUGUGCUGGCCUCCUGCAGCAUGUACUUCCACCUCUUCUACAGGGACCAGCUAGACAAAAGGGACGUUGUGCAUCUGAACAGUGACAUUGUGACAGCCCCGGCUUUCAGUCUGCUCCUUGAAUUUAUGUAUGAGGGGAAGUUGGAAUUCGGCACUCUGCCGGUGGAGGAUGUUCUGGCAGCAGCCAGUUACCUCCACAUGUAUGAUAUAGUAAAAGUGUGUAAAGGCAAGCUUAAGGAUAAAGAACUUUCCUCCCUCGAUGAAAAGAUGGGGGAUGGUUUGGGACUCGGUUGUCUGGACAGGGAAAAUUCCUCAGAUGGCAAGCAGCUCAUACAGCGACAGCCCCGUGCACAGUCUCAGGAGCUUCGCAGGGCCCCCCCACCAGAAGAGUUUGACAUGGACAACAGUGAAGUCAGGCUGGCUGUCACAGAUUGUGAUAGGUCUACACAGAGCAGGCAGAAGCCAAACGGUCACUCUGGCAGGUCCCCGGACCUUGUAGGUGUCAAUUAUGUGUCAGCAGAGGCCGAGCCUUGUGUCCAAACAGCUGGAAAAACAAAAGCUGAUGUCAGUAGUUCCACCGUAUCACUGUCCCAGAGGUCCCGGGCUUCAGAUGACAUGGACUGUGCACUGGAUUUGUCUUUCAAGCCUCUGACUAGCAGAGAUCCCUUACACCCCUCCUACAUCUCGGGACAGCUGGGCCUCGACAGCCAGCAGCAGGGCACUGAGCCACUUGUUAAAGAUGAACACGACUUGCUGUCAGAGCAGGAGGACAGUGAGCCGAUGAGCCCUGAGAGCCAGCGCUUUGGGAAUAGUGCCAGGAGCUCAGUGGUGACAGGGUUCGCUGCCCUUUUCCCAGGCAACAAUGGCUCCACAGCCGCCCUGCUCUCCCAGGAGGAGGACCUGAUGGAUGAAGAGGGGGAGGAUGACGACUUGGCCUCUUCAGACAUCUCCACUUCCAGCGGGGUGCUCCUGCCCCCAGGGCAACAGGUGUGUGUGUGCCCCCUCUGCAGUAAAGUCUUCCCCAGCCCCCAUGUGCUGCAACUGCACCUCAGCUCACACUUUCGCGAGAAGGACGGCGCUCGCUCCAAGCUGUCCCCUGAUGGCUCCAUCCCCACCUGCUUGCAGUGCAACAAGACCUUCUCGUGCAUGUAUACCCUUAAGCGCCAUGAGCGCACACACUCUGGUGAGAAGCCAUACACCUGUGGCCAAUGUGGCAAGAGCUUCCAGUACUCUCACAACUUGAGUCGGCAUGCUGUCGUCCACACACGUGAGAAACCUCACGCUUGUAAAUGGUGCGAGCGGCGCUUCACCCAGUCUGGGGACCUCUACCGCCACAUCAGGAAGUUUCACUGUGGCCUUGUGAAGACUCUCGCCAUUGGAUAAAUGCCUCUCACCAGUGCCAUGACAUAAGGCAGAGUGUCUUUUCAUACAAUGAAUACUACUACUGAGCAAUUUUCCCAUUAGCAUACACAUGUUGGCAGUUUGUUCAAGACAUAUCUUUUGGAUUCUGCCCCAUGUAGUGACUUUAAAACUGGAGCUGCUCUCUGUGCUGGACUGCGUCAAAAGCAUAAGUGAUGGUCAGAGGCAGACGGCUGAGGUGCACAGGCUGUUAAGAUUAACAUGGGUGCUGGGAAACUAAAGCUGGAUCUGUGUUGAUGAAGGUGAACUUGGAUGAUGCACUUGUUUGUUUCUGUCUUGUUUGUGUCAAUCAAAGUUUAUCCUAGGAGUAUAUCUGCUGAAAGAAAAAAAGCAUCCUAUGCUCAUACCAUGUGGGCAAAUGGGUGGUAACUAAUGCUAACAUGUUAAUGCAAUCGUCAGAGUGAGUGAGACUUUAUUUGUGCGCAUGGGAGAUUAGAAUCAUCUGCAAGUAGCAAUAUAUGAUUUUUUUUUUAAACUCCUACAUUACUAUUAUUAUUAUUUAUUUGGAGAUUUGUUUAGUCCUUAACAAGUAAACCAUCAUAAUGCAGUAAAACUAAUCAAGUUUGACUACUGGAUAUGUGAUUAUUAUUAUUAUUAUUUUUCAUGGAAGUAGAAUUUUUGUUUGUUGAAAUGAUGUUGGUUACAGUUUUGUAAUGUUUAUAACAAGAGGCAAGCAGACUAUCACAUCACCCUAUUUCUUUUAUGCCUUUAGAGAGUUGCCAGCUCUUUAUUUGCUAAUGUGAGUAAGCACAUAUAGAUGGAAUGGCCUAAUUGCUACUUUAAAAAGGAGGUUGUCUAAUCAGAGUAGAAAUAGAUGGUAGUUAAAAUCUAAUGCCUGCUACACUUCACCCAGCGUACUUACUAAAGCAAGAAGGAACUGUUUUGCCAUGUCUCAUUGUCAGAUUCUGUGACUUUUCAGGCCUUUUUAAAGUCUGGAUUGCACUCCACAUACCAGGCGGUAACAAGGGUAAUUGUCAACUCUGGAAUGCCAACGGAUCCACGAGUGUCCUUAAUGAAAUCAUUUACAAGAAUGUAAUAACAUUUGUGAAUCUCAUCAAGUAAAUGUUUAUUGACUCAUGUGGGUUAAAAGCAAAUAGUUGGCAGUAAAUUAGCUUGUUAUUUCCUGGUAUGGUGUAAAGAGUACACUGACAGUGCUUAGGGCAGGGAGGGGAUCAAAGGGAGACAGGUGGAUGUUCAGUGCUUUGUCUAUGGCUGUUAGCACUGGUUAUUCAUCAAAGCUGUGCCAUUUGACUGAUUCUAUUGACUUUUUUUUAUUAACCUUUUCUUAUAUCUUCUUACUGUAUGUGUGUAAGUUACUACUGAUUGAGCCUUUAGUGAUGCUGUCCUUGAAUGAAGUUAUGGGCAUGAAAUGGACUACUUCUCUGUCCACAUAGAUGCUACAUGGAUUCUUAAAAAAGGAGUGUAGCACUAAAAGUUCAUGAUAUUUGUCUAUUCUGUCCUGAAAAGACUUGAUCAGAAUUUAUUUAUUAGUUUGACUUGGUUCAGGGUUUAUUGUAGGUGUACUUAUUUCUGUAAGCUUGACAGAUGUUAUGUCUUGCCUAGCGAUCUUCAUUAACUGGUAUUGGGGCUGUCUGUUCAUUUUCUCUGUGCAAAUCAAUUUACUGUAAUUGUAUUUUAAUAUACCAUGUAGAAACCUCUACGGAGUAUUCAAGAUUUGUCACAUGGAACAUAGAGGAGCACUUGUUUUUAGCAUGCAUAGAGUUUCAACACUAUUGUCUAGGCUGCUAUUUCUUACUAUUUGUAUAUUUAAUGUAAAUAUAUAUUUUAUUUAUCAAGCUAAUUUUCUGUGUUACAAUACAUGCAAGGUCGAGAGAGUCAAUUGUCUUAAUAAGGCUAAAGUCUCUUUAAAUUCCCCUGGGAACACAGGACACUUAAAGUUCCUUUUCCAUAUUCAAGACUUGAUUGGACUCCACGUAACUACGGAUCAGACCUGUUAAUAAUGUUCUGCCACAGGAAACAGUUGUCGCAAGCACAGACGCACUGAUAUGGCACUGGCUACCUAUAGAAAUGAGACAAUACAGGCACUGUCCCAGGUAGUUCUGAAGGGAUGAUUGUGUCCCUCUUUCCUAACUGUGGGGAGACAUCUGUAUUGAAUGGAGCCAUUGGAAUGUGACAAAUAUAUUGAGCAAAGGGAGACCAAGGAAACUGUAAACAGGUGUAUUGUUAGGCAGCAUCAAAGAACACCCCCACUGUGACACCCACCCCUGUCACAGCAUGCAGUAGGUAAAUGCUUCAUUGUUCUGUGGAGAUGCCAUGGUGAUUUGAUUGCACAUCUAUCAAGAGGGUCAGAGGAUUGUUUUCAAGUGCCAGAAUUAGAAAAGUUGGCAAGACUACCGUGAAAUAUGUGGCAACUGUGGCAACAGAGGUCAGACGUAGGCACUGACCCACUGUCCAUUUCAGCGUAGACACCCCUUCAGAGUUUUUCUUCAGUUUCUCAUAUUAGUCACUGAGACUUCUUUUUGGACACAGAUGAUUUCACAUUUGAUUCUUAAUCAGCAUAUUCAACCCAUUUACUUCAAACUAACCUCACUCUGUUUUCAUUCUACUCCCUGAGACCUGGCAUCAGUAAUGGGGUUUGAAUGAACAGGACUUGUGUGUAAUAUUAAAGUGUUUGGGUUCCCUGUUUAUUUGCAAAAACACUCCUGAUGUUCACAUGCCAUGACAGUUUAAUCAAGUCAUUCAGUCAUCAGAACAAUAAGAGAUGUAGCUGUUGCAUAAUGUUAAUAAUGUAUAUGUCAAUAAGAGCCCAAGGGAAUGUAGAUUUAGUCACUGUUUUCAGGUUUUUAAAGGAACAGUUUUAUGUGGUGGAAGUUAAAAUUGCUUGUCUAAUAUACAUGUGUACAGUGGUAGAAAAGCUAACAAUAUGGAAAGAAUAUUUCUUUUUAAUGUUUGCAGUCUUUAGUUACACCUCCAGCAUGAUCACCAAAUGUGCCUUGUAGACACACAAAUAGGUGUUGCAUCUGGAGAAAUCCCUAUUCUAUAUUGUACAUUGUUGUCCUGGACUGCGGUGGUAAAGUUCACAUCACAGCAACAGCAGUACGCUUACAUGAAAUGACUCGCAACUGUUGUUCCUGUUUUUCUGUCACAUCAAAAUAGGACAAAUGAAGAGUUUGAAGUCCAAUUAUUUUUGCUGCUUGGGAUAGGUUCAUUUUGAGAUUUAUUUGAGCAUUUUUGUCUGUGAAUAAAUCAGUUUUUGACAUGGUAAAAUGAAGACAAGCAUUUUGGUGUUUUGGCUUUUAAUAGCCACCGCUACUGGGAACUUACAGUCUGUCCCUUAGUUAAUAUCACUGAUGAAUGUGAAACACAGACUUCAGUCGCUGAUUUCUGUGGAAACAGUGCUACUCUUGAUCGAGGGCUAUGUUUGCCUAACUCAUGCUGUACGAUCUUUUAAGUCUACAAAUGACUUUACCGAUACUGGAAUUUUGUCUUCUGCAGGUUACAACUGUGAAAUUGUGUAUAAUCAUGAAAAAUAUUUAUUACUGCAUUUGCUUCUUGUGCAACAUUUGACUGUCUCCGUUUAAAAAAAAAAAAAAAGCUUCUAAAUGUCAUACAGAAAUCUUUUUAAUAGAAUUUGUAGAAGUGCCAUUAGAAUUUAAUAUAAUUUUUUAAUAAGAAAGGUAUAUUUUAUAGAACUCAAUCAGUUCAGUGUUAGUGGUGUAGAGAUUAGAGGACAAUCUUUAUGCAGAAUUGACAUUGCUUAGAUAUUGAGGCCAUUUACUUUGAUCUAUA